ACCUGAUAGUCUGUAGUAGUCUGCGGACAUGGUUAACUGUGGAUUGUUGCAUUAUGUAGAUACAAACUCAAGAACAAUUUGAAGCUGGAUUUGCUUUUUAGUGUUCGCGUGAGGGGUAUCACACAAAAAUGACUCACACCGUGUCAUCGAAUUUUUAGGAAUUAAUGAAACUGAAAAAGCGGAAGAGUCUGUGCGCGCAGUGCGUGAAUAUGCCCGCCAAGGUCUCAAAGAAGGUCGUGGGCAUGAUCGUACGAAGCCGAAAAUUCAUUAUUAAGGAUGGGGUCAUUACGUAUUAUAUGGAUCUGAACAACUGAUAAAAGAAAAAAUUGAUAGAAUGAUAAGUAUGGAAAGAUAUAUAUAGUAGCAAUUCUUAGGGGUCAUGCCCCCUGGGGCAAAAGGUGGAGCAGAGGGCCUGGGCCCCUCUUGUUCUGAAAUUCACAACAGCCAAGAACAUGCUAUUGCUAAACUCACACCUCCUCUUACAUUUGCUCAGCAAUGCUACAGGCAUCUUAAGAGUUCUGGUAUCGGAGAGGCAAGCGUGUACCAUGCUCUGGUUGUAAUAUUUUUGGAAUUUUUUGCAUGGGGUUUAUUAACCAUGCCUGUUAUCUCUGUAUUGAAUAUCACAUUUCCAAAUCAUACGUUCCUGAUGAAUGGCUUAAUAAUGGGCAUUAAAGGGAUCUUGUCAUUUCUUUCUGCACCAUUGAUUGGUGCUCUGUCUGAUGUUUGGGGACGAAAGUUCUUUCUACUUAUCACAGUAGCCUUUACAUGUGCGCCGAUUCCUCUAAUGAGCAUUAACACAUGGUGGUUCUUUGCUAUGAUCUCCAUCAGCGGUGUCUUUGCUUGCACAUUCUCAGUGGUGUUUGCAUAUGUUGCCGAUGUAACAGAAGAACAUCAAAGAUCUGCUGCAUAUGGUAUGGUAUCUGCAACUUUCGCUGCAAGUAUGGUAAUAAGUCCAGCAUUAGGAGAUUAUAUCAUGAAAGAGUAUGGUGAAAAUCUUGUGGUUGCAUUGGCAACUGCUAUCGCAGUGUUGGAUGUGUUUUUUAUAUUAGUGGCUGUACCUGAAAGUUUGCCUGAAAAAGCUCGUCCACCAGCACCUAUAUCUUGGGAGCAGGCAGAUCCUUUUGCCUAUCUUGGAAAGGUUGGCAAAGAUCACACUAUCUUAAUGUUGUGUAUUACUGUGUUCCUGAGCUAUCUUCCUGAAGCAGGACAAUAUAGUUGUAUAUUUGUCUAUUUGACUAAAGUUAUGGGGUUUACAGCUUUGAUGGUAGCAUUUUUUAUUGCUGUAGUAGGAAUCUUAAGCGUUGGAGCUCAAAGUCUCUUAGGUGUUUUAAUAAAGACACUUGGCAGUAAACAUACUAUAAUGUUGGGCCUCUUAUUUGAAAUGUUACAACUUAUGUGGUUCGGCUUUGGUUCACAAACAUGGAUGAUGUGGGCUGCUGGAGUACUUGCCUCUGUGUCAAGUAUCACAUAUCCUGCAAUUUCGGCAUUCAUAUCCAUGCAUUCGGAUGCUGAUAAGCAGGGUUUGGUACAAGGCAUGGUAACUGGAAUGCGUGGAUUAUGUAAUGGUCUUGGCCCUGCAAUGUUCGGAGUAAUCUUUUAUCUGUUUCGCGUUGAUCUCAACGAUAAUUCUCCUCUUCCUGCUAAACCAUCCCCUUUAGAUGAAAAUAAUAAAACAGGAACUGCCACACAACAUCCUGAUAUUAUACCACAGCUAGUAACCCAGCUUGUACCAGGGCCACCAUUUGUGUUUGGUGCAUUACUUGUGAUAUGUGCAUUACUGGUAGCUGCAUUUAUACCCGAAUCAAAUACAAUGCCAACAGGACCGUUACAUCAUCCAUCCACCUCCCGGAGGCCCUCCGGUAAAUACGCAUAUCAGAAAUGUUUAUCUUUGGAUGUACACUAUGAGGCGGACAAAUUGGGAAGCGGCAAAGGAAAAAUAGGACCGCUGUCACCUCUAGUCGACAAUUGCAACUCUGCUGCUCUAUAGCUAUUGUCAAAAUUGAAAUAAGACACUGCAAGAAAGAGGGAUAUGUAUCCUUGCCCAGUGACGAAACUCUAUGUUUAGAGAAACAAUCGUUACUAUCAAGUGCACCAACUUUUCAAAGAGCUGUCUAUAUUGUAUUAUACUACGCCUUUAAGUCAAUAACUUAAGUUUGAUCUUUAGAAUUAUCGAUCCACUUAAAUAUUUAGGUUCUGAAGAAGUUUUACGAGCAGUGCUUGUUUUAUGAUAUGUAGACCGAGUUGAAAAUUGCGUUCAAUCUAUUUAGAUAUUUCGUUACAUCCAAAAAACCUUCUCUUCUUGUUUAUCUUUUUUUUUUAAUAAAGAUUAUAAUAUAAAUUUGUACCAAAUCAAGCACUGGACAUCUUGAUACAUUUAUCAGUGACUCCUAGUUUAUGUAGCUUGCCGAUUAGCAUAUAACGGUGAAACGAAUGAAAGUUGUAACCAGUAUUUUUACUAGAUUUAUAACAAAUAAUUAUUGAACUGUUUGUGUCGAAUCCUUAUCAUUACGUCACUCAUUUCUGACAGAUUUUUUCUUUCUUUUUUUGUAAUUUAGGGCAAGAGCACCUGUUACUUUUAUCACACAUAUCACGAGACUCAAUCUUUUCCAUAAUUUUGUGAUUUAUAUCUGAAAAAAUAACGAAGUACUAUAUUUAUUUGUGGAUGUGUAUUUUUGUUUCAUUUUUUUCAUGCAUUCCUUUGAUUUAAGCAAACCUUUCGAAAAUUAGGGAGAGAGAUGAGUGGAAUAGAUGAGAAAGAGUGAACAGACAUUGUAAAUGAUACUAAGUAGCUGAAGAAAUAGAAAAUAAGUUUUCAGUUGCAUAUAAUACCUAGUGAGAAGUUAGCCGACGUUUGUAAAAUACGUUAACUAUUUUUCUUUGCAUAAAAUAUUUAUUUUAAUAAUUAGACGUCAGCAGAAUGAAUGCAAUGGCCUUAACCGGAAAGGAAAAAACAAUUUAUAUAACGAAAUACGUACUUUGCCGUAUUCGAUGGCAGUGAUAGAUUCCGAUCGAGAAUGUUGCAAACAUUAUUAAUUGAAUGCGUACAGCGUUUCCUUAAUGUUAAAAAAAAUGUGCAUGUUAUAAAUUGGAGUCAUUGAUGUUAAGGAAAUACAACAAUAGUGUAGUGUAUUUGUGCAUUUCACUUGUAUUUUAUGAGAGAAUUAGUGUUCGCAGAACUAUAUGUGCAUUGCCAUAGUAUAAAGUCUUUGAAUUUAAACAAGAUCUGCCAACAUUAUUUAAAAUUGAUUUAUGAUUACAAAGUUUGAUCUUACAUUGAAAUUUCUAUACACUGCUAAAAUUAUUUAACAGGCGAUUAAGAAUUUUUUCCGAAAUGUUUGGAUCAAAUGCAGCUUUGUUGUUAGUAAGAUUUUUUUAGUUAUUGCUGCCAUUUGUUGAAAGGUAUUCAAGAGGCAAAAAAAGGAUACUCAGAUACCUAUUAAAAACCAAAGAGUGAAUAGUUGCAAAAAUUUAUUUUAAAAAAAUGUAACACUAGAAAGCAGUAGGGAAACCCAUGAAAUAUCGUGCAAUGCGUGAGCAAGAAAUAAAAUUUUGUAUGAUCUCACUCUUCUCCAAGAAUUUUUCUAUUUUCUAAAUUAGACAAAAAUGUACAUAAAAUUGCGAUACAUUAUUUCUUUUAUAAACAUUCAAAAGAAAGUUUAACUAAUUUUUGGACAAUUUUAAACUAUCAGUACUGUUCCAUUGCUUGGAAUUAUGCUGAUAUUAAGACAAAAAGUGCUAUGCAUAUCGAAAUUUAAUAUUGUUUGUAUGUUGUUGUUAAGGUACACCAUGGAAUGAAAUUCCAUUCUAAUUGCACAAGUUUGAAACACGCAACAGAAUUAUUUUAAUGUUCACAACGAACAAUCUAUAUUAAUGUGAACGCGUUACACAAUACAUUUCUUGGAGAAUACAGCCAUAAAAUAUUUGUAUAUGGUUGCCUGAGUUAAAAAUUAUUUAUUAACUUGCUCUUAUACACUGGAGUACAUUAACACUGUUGUAAUAUAACAUUGCAAAGAGAGGAAACAAAAGAAUCACAAUAUUAGGAAUAUAAAGUCCAAUUUAAGACUUAACACCUCAAUAAAUUAAGUAAUUGUAUAUGUAAAAUGUAUGACGAAUGCAUUAAUAAAAAUAAUUAUUUUUAAGAUACAAGAA